AUGAAGAUAUUUGUAGUUUCCCAGAGAUUCAAUUUUCCAUGCCUAGCUAUGGGAUACAAGAACGCUAACACUGAUCAAGACGUAGUUCUAGGAGGUGGUCAGGAUGCAAUGAAUGUGACUAUGACAGACCGCCGUGCUGGUAAAUUUGAGGCUAAAUUCUAUCACAAGAUUUUGCAAGAGGAAAUUGGUGGUGUUAAAGGACAUUUUGGGCCAAUUAAUGCUUUAGCAUUUAAUCCUGAUGGGCGAAGCUUUUCGAGUGGUGGUGAAGAUGGAUAUGUAAGGCUGCAUCAUUUUGAUUCCGACUACUUCAACAUCAAGAUGUAG